AUGUAAUAUACCUUACAAUAGAAAAUUCAUAGAAGUGUUGAUCAACUUUAUGUGGAUUGUCUUUAAUUAAGAUAAUAUUAGAAAGACUUAAUUAAAAAUGAAAUUAAGAAGUUAGAAAGAUUACUUUCAAUUAGGUUGAAGACAAUUAUUGAUUUUUUUUUUAAAUUUCAAAGUCUUAUCCCUUAAAGUUCCAAAUUGUAACAAAAGGCAAAAAAAUUCUAAUGGAUUAAAAUUUAUUUAAAAAGUCCUUUAAUUUUAAUGUAUUAAUUUGAUGAAGAUCUUAUAACUUAUGCUAUUUAUUAUAGAUUAAAAAUCAAGAUAAAGAAUGAAGAAUUUCAAUUAAAGGAAAAACUCAAUUUUCAAUAUGUCCAUACUAUAGUUUACGAUUUUAUUAGCUAAAUAAAUAAUAAGUUCUGCGAAUUUUUAAAGUUAUCAGAAUAAUAAUAACCUACAGAAAAUAAACUUACAUAAAAUUAGAUGAUUUAAUAUGGCCUUAAUCCUGAAGAUAUAUUAGCAGAUGAUGAAUUGUAAAAAAUAAUGCAUUUCUUAAAGGAAAUUCCACAAAAUCAAAUUGAAAAAUAUCUCUUAUAAGUUAUCAACUCUUAAUUGGGAGUUUAUAAGGAUUAUUAUAAACCUAUAAUUAUUGUUUAAGAUCCCUUUCAAAACCCUAUUUUUAAUAACGGAGAUUUUGGUGAGAAACCAAAAUUUUAAAAAGAAUAAUUAAAUAUCAAAUUUAAUGAAUAUAAUGAAACUUCUAUUACCUAAAAGAAACCUGGUUUUUACAUUUAUAAAAAUGAAAAGUCAAUAUUAAUAUUUAUUAUUUCUACAUAGUAAAAAGUCAGAAUUUAUUCGAUUAAUAAAUUUGAUCACUAUAAGGUAGUAAAAGAUAUUUUAAAUCAAUACUAAGAAAUGAAAAUCUAUCAAUUUCGAAUGAUUAAAAUGAAAUAAAUAGAAGCCUUUUUAGUAGCUAACUUUAUCUACAAGACUUAAAUAAAAAAUGUAUAAUUUAUUGAUAAAGUAUUUGAAUUUUAUAGUAGCCCCCAAGUAAAUCAAGUUCAAAAUUAUUAUAGAAAAUAAUUUGAAAAUCAGGAAUAAAUUAAAAAUUCUGUUAUUUAAUUUAUAAAAAAGUUCAUUCCAACUUGUAAUAAUUAUAAUGAUAUUUAUUCAGAAUAAUUCGUUGAAAUAUUGAAUCAAAAAUCCUAACAUAAAUUAAACUUAUUACCUAUAAUAGAUAUUAAUUAACCAAAUAUUGUGUAAUAAAAAAAGUCUUAAGGAUUAAUUGUAAAAGCCAACAAUUUGUUUGGAGUGAUAAUUAUCGAUCAUAAUAAAGAAAUAUAUUUUUAAAAUGAAAAAAAUAACGAUCUCAAUAUUUAUUAGACUAAUGUAUAAAACAUACCUUUAAAAGUAGCAAAUUAUUAUAUUUCUUUAAUAUUAUCUAAAGCUUAAGAUGGGAAUAAAAGACUUAUUAGAAAUUUCUUAGAAUAAAGAUUCUCUGCAUUAGAACCAAUUUUAUAAUUAGUUAAAUGA